AUGAAGUUCGUCAGUCUUUUCGCAUUCACAACUGCCAUUGGAAUGGUCACUGCGGCUCGCGUUCCGCUAGGUGACCGCCAGUUCAUCGAUAGUUUACUUAUUUCUCAAGCUGCUAAUUGGAGUGUAGAAGGCGAGGACUGCCGAGUGCACACUGGCGAGUACUGUUGCACAUGGGAGGGUUGUCGAUCAUGCUGCUGGUGGGAGAAAUGUGAUUUGAGCAUCGACGCUGCACAGGGCAAAUGCGUGCCUAACUGGUGA